AGUCUAACGUGUAAGACGCUGCACCACGCGGCGGUUUUAGAGAAUCUCAAGAGGCCGCCUUUAGUGAAAAAACACGGCCCGCCACCUAAGCAAUUGGCUAUUUUAGCUUAUCGAAAGAGAUUAAAUGUCUAAUUAAAGGCAAUAACAACAAUUAUACGUCUAAAGUGUCUUGGAAAAGAAAGGGAAACAAACCGCAACCCACACUAGACUACAAAGGGUAGACUGACAACAAACAGUAUGGCUGCUGUUCUAGGAGCUUGGGAUUAUGCCAUCCUGGCUGUGGUCCUUAUAAUAUCCGUAGGAAUUGGACUCUAUUAUCGUUUUGCUGGCAAUAAACAGAGCACCACAACGGAAUAUUUGCUGGCAAAUCGUUCUAUGGGAGUCACUCCGGUGGCGUUCAGUUUAAUGGCCAGUUUCAUGUCGGCCAUAACCAUAUUGGGCGUAUCCAUGGAGAAUUAUCAAUAUGGCACCAUGUUUGUCAUUAUCAAUAUAUCCUAUGUGGUGGGGACACCCAUAGCCGCAUAUUUAAUACUACCCGUAUUCUAUCGCCUUAAGACGGCCAGUGUGUAUGAGUAUCUGGAGCUAAGAUUCGGUUAUGCCGCCCGUUUGGCUGCCUCCUUGAGUUUCUCCAUGCAAAUGAUCCUGUAUAUGGGCAUUGUUGUCUAUGCCCCAGCCCUGGCCCUGGAAGCAGUGACGGGUCUUAAUCAAAUCUUCUCGAUUUUAAUUGUGGGCGUUGUAUGCACUUUCUAUGCCACAUUGGGUGGCAUGAAAGCUGUAUUAAUCACGGAUAUAUAUCAAUCACUCUUAAUGUUCGUCGCCGUCUUCAGUGUGAUCAUUUGUGCAUGGGUCAAGUCGGGCAGUUUGGAAGAGAUUUGGCGCACAGCCCAGGAGAAUGGACGCAUUGAUUUCAGCAACUUCAGUGUCGAUCCCACGGAGCGGCAUACCUGGUUCACUCAAAUACUGGGCGGCCUGGCCACUUAUCUUGCCAUCUAUGGAGUGAAUCAGACUCAAGUUCAACGUCUAUUGGCCGUACACAAUUUACGUUCGGCACGUGCGGCUCUCUGGUGGUGCUUACCCAUACUCUGCCUGUUGAGCGUUAGCACUUGCUUCUCCGGUCUGUGUAUCUAUUGGUACUACAAGAAUUGUGAUCCCGUUCUGGAGGGUCGUGUCGGUUCCAGGGAUCAGGUGAUGCCUUUGUUUGUGGUGGACACCAUGAGUCAGUAUACGGGUCUAUCGGGCCUCUUUGUAUCGGGAAUAUUCUGUGCCAGUCUUUCGACCAUUAGUUCGGCCAUUAGUUCAUUGGCCGCUGUCACCUUGGAGGAUUAUCUUAAGCCGCUAAUCCGUGGACUAACCCAGCGCACUCUCAACGAUCAGCAGUCUCUGCUGUAUUCGAAAUUGCUGUCCGUUUUCUUUGGAGCCGUUUGCAUUGGUCUGGCCUUUCUGGCUGGCUCCUUUGGUGGACUUUUGCAGGCGGCUCUAUCGAUUUUCGGCAUCAUUGGUGGACCACUUUUGGGUCUAUUCAGCCUCGGCAUGUAUGUGCCCAAGGCGAAUCAAAAGGGGGCCAUCGGAGGAUUACUCAUCUCGUUGGCCUUUUCGUUUUGGAUAGGAUUCGGUCAACCGAAACCGCCAAUAAUCAGUUUACCCAUGUCCACGGAUGGUUGUCCCAUAACCGAAUUUAGCCAGAGUCGUGCCAGUGACAUAUUUCUGACAAAUUUGCGAGCGGACCCCGACCAGGAUCAGGACCAACACUAUUUCUACUUGUAUAGAAUAAGCUAUAUGUGGUAUGCUGCUUUAGGCUUUCUGGUGGCCUUCUUUGUCGGUUGGCUACUCUCCUAUCUGUUCGCUUGGCUGAAAUGGGAUGACAAUCGACGUAUUUACCAAGAUCUCGAUUGUACCCUAAUCAAGCAUGAUCUUUUUGUGCCGCCAUUGGCGAGGCGCUUGCAAAGGCAGCAAAUGCCACGAUUAGUGGUCACGGGAACCAGUUCAGAAUUUGUUAACGAUGUCUCAACAACAAUUGAGGAUCAGACCAAAUCAUGAAGAGAGAAGAACACAUUCAAUGAAAUGUUCUUAACCUUUUUUCGGGCUUUUCUUCUUGUAGAUUUUUUUUUAUUGAAUUUUCACUUUUAAUAAACAUGAAACGACAAUUAUAUAUGUAAA